UUGUAUACGCAUGUUUUUUUUCCUAAAGUGUUUUGUUGAAAGAGUCAGUUUUAAUCUGAGAUAGCUACAUGAACCCUAAUAUGUGCUCUGGGGAAGAACUAACAUGGUUGAUUAAUUCUUGAGUUUCUAAAGCUAUACAAUGGUGAUUUUGAUAAAUGAGACAUGAUUGUGAAGACUGAAUUGAAAAGUGUCUACUUUGCUGUGGUCUUCAUAAUUAUGUCGGGGAGGUGUGUGCAGUUAAUUUUCAGAUGUAGAAUACCAGAAGAACAGACUUAAAGCAUUUUUAAAGAUGCAUUCAAGCCAGCAGAGGCUGGUGAAAUUCACCCUGGAAAACUGAAGGAGCUAGCUGCUGCAGCAGCAUCAGAACAGCUACCACCUGUAUUUGAAAACCAGCAAGGACAGUGGGUGUUCUGACAGGGGGUCUUGCUCAGAAAUGGACAGGAAUCAGUAAAUAAAAAUACCUCAUAACACAGCCCAGUGUUAUGUUUUUAUGCUAUGUUAGGAAAAUGGAUAAAAUUAUUAUAAAGCCACAGCAUGUUAAAACCCCAACUGUUUAAGUUGUAAUAUGUCAUUAUUGAUUCUGUCUGUCAAACAAGAGAACUUCUGAAACAGAUUUUUCCAGUGCUUUGUCUUGGUCCUAGCACUAUUUAUUAUAGUUUCUUUAACCGUUCGGAUGAUAAAGUACACUUACAGAAUUUGUGACUAUUGCUCAGCUUCCAGACAACACCAAGUUUGUAAAUGUUUUGGCAGAAUGGAAUUCAAAAGUAGCUUUGAGAAAUAUCUUGAAAUCAGUAGAAAAGUCAAUAGACAAAAGUCUAAUGCUUUUGGGAAGGAAAAAUCAAAUGAACAAACAGGUGGUUAAUAAUUGGGUAGGCAGUACUACUUCAGAAAAGGAUCUGCACAUGGUUGCAGAGUAUAAAUUCAAUGCUUCAGCAAAUUAUUGAAAAAAUGGCAAAUCUCAUCCUGGUGUCCUUAUUAAAUGCAGCAUGCAGGGGGUUACUUUUCUGUCUGUUUCCCUAAGCCUUGUGUUAGACUACAGCAUUUGGUUUUAGAUGCCGCGCUCGGAGAGGCAUAGGCAAUUUAGAGACAGGCCAGAGCAGAACAAGAAGAAUAACGAGUUUAAAAAAUAGAGUCUUUUGGAAACGUUAAAGUAUGCUAGGAUUGUUUGGCCAAAAUGGACAAAAUUGAAGUGGGUAAAGCAGUGUUACAAUGCGUAGAAGGUAGCUAAUAGGAAGUGGUGAUCAGUCGUCAUUUAUCCUGUUCAGAAAAGGGAACGAUGUGAGGAAAAAUCAUGCAAUUAAUUUGCCAGUGAUUCCGACUUUACUUGGGGGAAAUCUUUUGAACUCUAAGGAUAUGUAUGAGUUGCAGUAGCUUCCUGGGUGGGUUGUGGAGUCUGAAGUUUCUUCUUCAGUCUGUCUGUGAUGAUCUGGAUUAACCAGAAACCGAAAAUGGACAAAAUGAGCUUUUAAAUCUCUUUGAGUCUUUCAUUGGUGUGUUUCAUUUUCUAUGUGUGUGAUUUUAUUUUCAAUGUACCAAGCAAGUUGUAGACUACAUGUCUCUCCUUUUUAAAGUUAAUUACAUAUCUGGAAUAUUUUAACCCUGGACCUUUAAUGAAAGCUGUCAGUAGCCCUGAAGAAUUAACGCUUGUAAACUGUGUUGAAAUAUGACUACAAAACUGUCCAGAAAAUAGAAAUCCAGAGAUCAUGCCUUAUUUUAGAAAUGGGAAAAUAGUCCUUUUAAAUACUUCCAAAACUAAAUACAGGAUAUGCAGGGAUGUCUCGCUGCUUCUUGCCUUUGUAAGUGCACUGUUUAUGCUUCCCUCAUGGUGGAAGGAAUCAUCAUGGCUGCUAUGGGGACUAGUUCUGCUUGUCUAUGCAGUCUUUCGAGUGUGGGGCACAUGGAGGACAGCCAAGCUGCAAAUGUCCCUGCGAAAAUACUGUAUCCAGCUGGAAGAAACAGUGGCAAAUAGCAGAGCUUUUACUAAUCUUGUGAGGAAAUCUCUACGACUUAUUCAAGAGACUGAAGUAAUUUCCAGAGGAUUUACCCUUUUGCUUGACAGGGUCAGUGCCGCUUGCCCAUUUAAUAAAGCUGGACAGCAUCCUAGUCAGCAUCUUAUUGGUCUCCGGAAAGCCGUUUAUCGCUCUGUCAGAGCCAACUUCCGAGCUUCAAGACUGGCUACUCUGUACAUGCUGAAAAACUACCCUCUGAACUCGGAGAGUGACAACGUGACCAGCUACAUCUGUGUAGUCCCCUUUAAGGAGCUGGGUCUUGGGCUGAGCGAAGAGCAGGUCUCUGAAGAGGAGGCACACAAUCUAACUGAUGGCUUCAGCUUGCCUGCACUCAAGGUCCUCUUUCAGCUCUGGGUAGGGCAGAGUUCAGAAUUCUUCCGGAGGCUGGUGCUGCUCCUCUCCCCAGCCAACGCAUCCCCCAAGCCCUUGGUCUCCCCUGAACGGCUGCCUCAUCAUAUUUUGUCUGAUGUGACUCAAGGCCUACCUCAUACACAUGCUGCCUGCUUGGAGGAGCUCAAGCGAAGCUAUGAGUUUUAUCGGUACUUUGAAACUCAGCAUCAGUCGGGGUUCGAAUGGCCAACCAGAACAAAGCAGAAUUCAAGAGAGCUGAACAGUCUUCAGACAGCAGUACGGAGCUUGCAGCUUCAUCUCAAGGCACUGCUCAAUGAGGUAAUAAUUCUUGAGGAUGAACUUGAAAAACUUGUUAGCACUAAGGAGACACCUGAGUUGACAACAAAAGCCCAUCAGGUUCUGGAACAGAAACUGAAGUUCAUUCAGCCUCAUAUGCAGGCAAGCAACAGCUGCUGGGAAGAAGCCAUUUCUCAGGUGGAAAAAAUGAGCGGAAGAAACCCAAAUAAAAAAGGCAAACCUGAAGUUUCCUGUGACAGCCUACAGCGUACUUCAGUACCUUUAACACAGCCUGCCAUAUACAUAGAAAACAAAGAUCCAAUCCCUGAAGAGCAGGAAUUGGAAGCAUAUGUUGAUUAUUCAGAUACAGAGAAUGAAUACAGAAGAGAAGAUUUUUACUGCUUUUCCCAGGAAGAAAGAGAGAGACAAGAACGAGAGAGACAGGAAUCUAAGAGGGUGUUACAAGAAUUGAAAUCUGUGCUGGGAUUUAAAGCUUCAGAAAUAGAAAGACAGAAAUGGAAACAGCUGCUAUUCAGUGACCAUGCUGCAGUGAAACCCUUGUCUCCUGUAGAGCCGCUGAAGCUACUAAAUAAUUUGGCAUCACAUAUGAAUUCAGAUACAGAAAAGCAGGACUGCAGCCAAAGUUGUGAUAAAUCUGAAGAAAAAGACUCUAAUCCAGAAGAGAAUGCUGCUGAUAAAAGCAGGACAGAAUAUUUGUAUGAAGAUCCUGAGAUGGAGCGAAAAAAAGACAGUACUGCUGAUGAAGGUAUUUCUACAGGGGCUGAAGAAAGAAUGUGUUAUCAGCAUGAAGGAGAAGUUGAAGAACUCAAGCAGAGCAAUACGGAUGGAGUAGAGGUUUCACAGUCUCCCUCUGAGGAUGCAUUGCAUUCAAAAAUCAAGCAUAGGCUGGCCCAGCUCCACAUAUCAACAGAUUUAAACUUCACAUCUGGUCUGGCUGCACAAGUUGCUGCCAGGUCUUUCACUUUUACUACAAUGCAAGAAGAGACUUUUGGAGAUGAGGAGGAGGAGGAGGAAGAGAAGACACAGGAGUGUGAAGACCUGGUAGAGGACUGUAAGAAUGAAGAUAGAGGCUCUGAAAGUGAAGGCAAAGUGUAAGUCUGAGCUGAACUUUGUUAAACAACAUCAGGCAAUUUGAUGGAAAAAACUAAGGUGGGAUUUUGAAGAUGAAAAUACCAGAUGGAAAAAAAGGAGACCUAAAUAUAAUACAUCUUGUUCCCUAAGUCUGAUACACUACAUAGGACACUUCUAAGUAUAUUGAAUAUCUGAAGGUAAGAGAAGUUUAGGCUGCAUCUGAAAAAAAGUUGGCUGUUCCCUUUUUUAAGAUCCUAGUGGAGGUUUUGGCAUUUACUUUUGUGUUUUCUGUUUUAUUUAUUUAUAUUAUAAUGUAUUGUGGGGUUUUGUUUCUGAAAAGAAAGAAAAACAAUGUCUUGAAUUACAUCAGACUCCGUGUUUUUUUGGCCUCUGGUUCUGUUGUUGUGGUAUCAAUGUUUGCUCCUACAGAAAAGCCAGGACAUUUCUAUUGGAAGAAUCUGAACUGUUCCCUGUGAUCUCCCACCACCACUUUUGUUUCACUUCUUGUGUCUGCAGUGCGUUGGCUAAGCCACUGUAGGCGUUUGUGAUUCUGUGGCUAGUGAUGUGGCUCCCAACGAAAAUGUAGAAUUUUAAAUAAAAUCUUGAAAGAGCUAGUAUUUGAUGUGUCCUGGGGUAUGGGGCUGGAAUAGUGUAGUCAUGCUUCGUAUUAAGGUUUACUUAGAAUUUUAUGAAGGGUUAAUAAAUAAUUUCUGCAAGUUGUAAUUCAUGUUAGAGAAAUGUGUAGUAUGUGUUAGGGAGGGCUGAAAGCACACCAGUAGAAAGUACUAUAGACAGCUAGAAGCUAUCUGUUGGACUGAUAAUAGAUGAUAAGUAAAUACCUAUUUAUUAAAACCGCUACUAAUUAUUUGUUAACCUUUUGUAAACUGAACCUUAAUAUAAUUGUUUCGUUUGAUGUAAUGAUUGAGUGUACAUUUUUGUUUAUGUCCUGAAGUAAUUUUCUUACAGCAAAAUUAUCUGAGUGCUUAACAGUAUUUUGUUUAAACAGCAUACUUGGUUUUCUUUACUGUUCUGUCAUUUUCCUUUAGAUCACAACUGUAACCUGUGUGAUCAAGAAUCCAUGAAAGAACAAGAAAUGUGUAUUUUUUAAGGUGUCUCUUGUAACUUAGUUGACACUGAAUCCGGACGUUCAGUGUUACGUGGGUUGGUUUCUUCCCUGUGGUGGUGUUAUGAGGAGUAGUAAACCAGUGCUUACCCCACAGAGAAGCUGGUUAAUGGUUUCACUGCCUUCUCUUCCUUUCGCCCCCGACACAAGAUGAAGCAAAGGUCUCACAUCUCAAAUGGCGAGAGAGCCGCCUCUUUGUAUGGAAUACUCUGCUUGGACCUAGAUAUGUUCCCAGUCACAAAGCACCUCAUCAGUUCCUUAGGAAAUUUAUUGUCUCUUGCUGAUUCUGUAGAACAAAGGGGGGGUUAGAUGCAAAUGGUUCUGAGCAAUAUCUUUUCCUAGGGUGGGAAGUGGGGAAGCUAAUGAAGGUCAGCAGGUCAGGGUGGAAAUCUUGACUGUAUCUCAGAAAACAAGUGCUUUCUUUCAACCUCCCUCUCUUUUAGUAGUGAUUUUAUAUGAACCCUGUUAAAUAUGUGGAUUUUUUCACAGACUAAUGUGGUAAAUAUCAAAUGAUAGAGAAGGGAGUAUGUGACUUACACUCUUCUUUAACAGUAUAAUGCCUGUCUUCUCCCUCACACACAGAUUUGGGGAAGAAAAUGUUUUGCCAUUCUUCAUUAACGAGUAACACUGUGUUUGUGCCCUUAGUUUUGUGUGACUGCAAGCUGAAUGGAUGAUGUCUUCAGGAACUUGUAAAAGAAACAAAAAGGGUGUUUCUCAUAGUGUAUUCAAACGCUAAGCCUCCUCUUAGUAGUAUAUUCUUCUGUAACCUGAAAAGGUUAGGCUAAGAUGAUAAAACUGUUUUAUUUUCUCUGUGGUAAGCAA